AUGAGCACGGCAAACAGGUUCGUCAAUAUCACAAACCUUCGCCUAACUUUCGAUAUCACCAGUACCCAGCCAACGGGCGAGGUGCAGCCAACAGAGUUCACACCCAGCGCUUUCGUAUCCAUCGCCAAGAAUUUUCGCAACGCUUCGUAUCCUGUGGACCCCCUAGACAACAGCCCCUUAUCGGACGGUUCACUAAGCACGCCGAACAGUGCGCUUGCAAAGAAUUAUCUUUUGAUAACCCCUAGUUCCAACAUCAAACUACGAGUCUACAAGAAGAUGGUGGUAGAUUGCGAGGGGGACAGGCUGGACACCGUAUAUGCCUGGUGCAAUGCAUUCAAGGAGUGUCUGCGUGACAUACUAAAGGUGGUGAGGGACUUUCGGGGCGCAAAGCUAGAGUUUUCACAGCCUCGGAUUAAUAAUCUCAUCGCAAACGGGCCUCUUCACCCGUGCAACGUAUUUAAACUUUACAACGUAAUAUUGUCUGAGUUAGGGCUCUUCACGCUCAACGGGAGAGAUAGACCAACAGAGAAGAGCUCCAUGAUUUGCCUGAACCACCGUAUUGCAGGCACCACUCACAGUCCCAGCUUUACCAUCACGGACUCGUCAGUUCGAAUUAUGGGGUGUAUCGAUCCCGACUAUCUCAACUCCAUAUACCGGCAGCUUUAUUCUCUCAGUGAAAAAGUUGGCGCCUGCGCUCCUUAG